AUGAAGUUUCCCAGGGAGCUAUUUUGGAUUGGCCAGCUCGAUAAUAGUGGGGGAUCAGUAUUUAUCAUAUACAGAGCUGUGAACCGAAAUGUCUUCUGCAUCUCCCGCGGCGAAAUCAAUCAAUGGGAUACAAACUCGAUACCCGAUUCCUCGUAUGAAGAAGAGGUGGAUGAAUUAGACUCGACCAGAAUCGUCGGUGGACAAUUCGCAGUACCAAAUCAAUUUCCAUUUAUGGCUGUGGUGCAUCGAUUGAUGGGCAAUGGAAUGACCUCACAGUGCGGUGGAACGAUUAUUUCCUCAAGAUGGGUGUUAACAGCAGGUCAUUGCGUAGCAGAUGGACCUAGCCAAUUUCUUGUCGUUUUUGGUAUUUGCAACAAAACUGGGAUAGAUUAUAAUUCCUAUAACGGGCCUGGUGUAGCCAUGUUAACGAACAGAGCUAUACUUCACCCGAAUUAUCAAACAACCUUGAAUGAUAUCGCACUAUUGUACAUGCCAAGAAAUAUUCCAUUCAGAGGAAGCAUUCAACCUAUUAAGCUCGCAGGUUAUAACUACUUGAAAAAAUCAUUCACUGGUAAAACAGGUGCGGUCAUCGGAUGGGGAAAAGACGGACCUUCCGAAAGUGGAACGAAAAGACUAAAGUACGCGCUUUUACCAAUUAUUUCGAAUAACGAAUGCUCCUCGUAUUGGGCUGCAACGGAGAAACACAUAUGCACUUCAGCCACAUACCAUCAAGACGCAUGUCAGGGUGAUAGCGGUGGCCCGUUGAUCGUAUUUACAAAUAAUGUUCCUCUUCAAAUCGGAAUCGUUAGCUAUGGAGACGGAUAUUGUCCCAGUAAUAAACCUGGCGUGUUCACCCGAGUCACUAGAUUCAUCGAUUGGAUUCAACAAGUUACCAAACUUCGCUUAUAAAAAAUCUUGUACUUAUCAUAUUAGGGGCUUUACAAGAAUAAUAGUGAAUGUUGUUAUCUAUCUAUUAACGAUAUUUUUAUAUAUUUUGUGUAUUAUGAAUAAAAUUGAGUUAUAGGCAAUUUUAGC